AUGCAAGCAGCACUGGCUUUCGAAAGGGUGUGGGUGAGGCUGCUGCCAAACCCGCUGCAGCGGCAGCAGCUGCUGCUGCAGCAGCAGCAGGAGUUUCAGCAGCAGCAGAAGCUGCAGCAGCAGCAGGAGCUGCAGCAGCAGCUGCAGCAGCAGCAGCAGGAAUGUGGCUACUCCCCGGAGUUGUACGCUGGGCAGCACUGCGUGUGCCUGAAGCGGCUCGCUGCUGCUGCUGCUGCUGCUGGCACAGCUGCUGCUGCUGCUGCUGCUGCUGCUGCAUGCCCCUUCGGCUGCAGGUUUGUUGCUGCUGAAGCAGCAGCAACAGAGACCAAAGAAGACAUUGCUGCGCUGCUGCAGGAGCUGCUGCCUUCUGGCUUCCGCACAAAUUACAAAAUCUACAUCCGACAAAAAUGCAGCAGCAGCAGCAGCAGCAGCAGCAGCAGCCCCAACGAGGGGGGCCCCCCUCAGGCUUUGGGGGCCCCCCAGGGGGCCCCUCAGGGGCCCCCCCAGGGGACCCCUCAGGGGGCCCCUCAGGGGGCCCCCCAGGGGGCCCCUCAGGGUUUGGGGGCCCCUAAGGUCUCGGGAGAACCUGUGGGGGCCCCUGAGGGGGCCCCUGGGGGGGCCCCUGGGG